CUCUGUCCCCUUCUCAUUGGCUUGCCGAAGUCGAUGCGUCUCCCCUCCCUACUCUCUUUGCACCUCGCAAAGCGUUUCACUUCAUCUAAUCGAAGUGUCUGCUUUAAUAUCCUAGCUUUGUCAACGUUGUAUAACUCCGACGGAUAAAUAUAAAGGAGAUAACAGCAGAUUAAAGCUCAAUAAAUAAAUGAAAACGCACAUCUAUUGUGAACUCCAAGAGACUACGAGGGAGCAGAUGGUAUGGUUCCACCAAUGGGAAAAGGGCGUGACGAAGGAGAGAACCAAUGAGAGGCUGCGUGGGAAUCGACAAGGUGCUGUUCUCCUCGCAACCCCCCACUACGGAAUAUAUCGUAGAGGGAAUCCAGAAAGUCAAAAGACAGCGAUCUCGCUUCGACGACGCACGUGGAAAAGUAUUUCCCGCUGGUUCAGACUGGAACCUUGCUGCAGAUUUUGUAAAUCAUCCCUGACUUUCGACUGGUAAAGGCGUUGCUAGGAAAGUUAUGUUUGCUCACUUCUAUCGCUGAACUUAAAUAGCAAAAACUGUUUGAUAUUAGUUCUGAAUGUUCUCAAAGAGUAAACUAUCGGAGAACACAGUUAUUCUGCCAUUUGAUAAAACGAUUAUUUAUCCUGGAAAAGGUAUUCGAUAGUCAUCAAACGUUUACUGAAAAAUGGUGUCCACCUUAAAUUUCCUUGAACUUUUGAACAUUAGCAAAUCAAAGGUUAGAAUAAAUGUUUAUUGAUUAAGAAACGAAAUUCUAACUGUUUGGUUCCUUUGUGGUCGGUUUUUGAUAAAAUCAAAGGCAGAUGCUUGAACAAUAACAUUAUUUUGAAAUACGAACUCAUCUCUGUGUCAUAAUCCCUCAAUGCUUGUUUAAAAAGAAGCUAAUUUUUUGUCUUCAUAAUUUACAAGGGAAUUCUAAAAAUAAUCAUGUGCCAUCAAGCUAAUGCAAAUUCAUCUGAUAAAAUCAAGUGAUAAGAGUGUUCGGUGCUCUAAAAUUUUUCGUUUUUAAGAGUUUCGUAUUUUCAAACUGAUAUCCUUUCAAUUCCAUAUUUCAAGUCAGUGAUAUUACUCUGAAUAGCGAGUGAUGUAAUAGAACUACACAAAAUCAUUUCUUAAGUUAUAUUUCAGCAAUACGCGAGUGUGAUAUUACAAAAAUGUCGUGCAAAUCAACUGGUGACCAUGUAAAGAGACCAAUGAAUGCGUUCAUGGUCUGGUCUAGAGGACAAAGGCGAAAGCUUGCUCAGGAGAAUCCUAAAAUGCACAAUUCAGAAAUUUCCAAACGUUUGGGUGCUGAAUGGAAACUUCUUUCAGAGGCUGAAAAACGACCUUUCAUAGAUGAAGCCAAGAGGCUGAGAGCUCUGCAUAUGAAGGAACAUCCUGAUUACAAAUACCGCCCAAGGAGGAAACCCAAGCCCUUGGUCAAGAAGGAGGCUGCAUAUCUCCCUAUGGGCAUGACUCAUCCAUUUCCACCACCUCUAGAACCCUUGACCACGAGGUAUCCUCACAUCACUCAUCAUUCUCUGGAGAGUGAGAAAGCAGUGACAGCCAGGACAUUUCCUCUUACACCACUUCCUUAUGUCUACAGCUCAGUGGACAGUGGCUUGCCGAAACUGAGGCCGGAUUUGGGUCUCGUUAAACAUAGAGACUUGAGCGAGAGCCCACUGGUGCCUCCUCCCACAACUUUAUACAGCACUGCUAGCUCGUUGUUAACUUCUCUGUCUCAGUCACAUGCUGCAGCAUUUGGGCCUCCCUACAGUCUUUGUGGAUGCGGCCCACCAACGUAUUUUCCUAGUCCAGGGCCUUUGCCCACUCACCACGAACUGAGAUCCCCAUUUGCUUACUUAUUCGUGAAACCAGAGGACAGAUUCCAUAGGCACUCUAGUCCUCCAACGUUACCACCGAGUCCUAUUGUCUAGUGGUAAAUAUGAAGUUCUUUCAGUAAUAAACAUCUUUCCUUCUUACCUAAUGAACUAUAGGAUGUGAUUAAUGUAGACAUAACAGUCUACUAAACUUUUAUUUCUUUUUAAUUAUUUUAUUUAUAAUAUAAUAAGCAUUCUUUCAAAACAUAAUGCCAGUCACAGAAGAACAAUUUAGUGAAAUCUAUUGUUAGUAGUACAUGAAUGUUGGCUCAAAUAUGUAUAUAUUUCACAGUUCUGUACUUAAAACAUUCAUUUUAAAUAUUUUCAUUUUCAUUUCAUCUGAAAACUAACACGCAUGUAUAUAUUAAGUUAUUUACCGAAAAACUCUUAUUCACUAAGUCACGACUAUUUAUGUUCAAAUUUCGUUUUAUAAUAUUUAAACAAUAUAAUUAAAUUGAUUUUGAUGAAAUUUAUCUUUUACGUUUCUUGUCAUAUGUAAAGUAUGUUUCUUGUCAUACAGCUUAUGCAAAAAAAGUUACCUGUAUAUUCACUGCAGAUGCAUACCGUAAAAGUAGUUUUAAAUAUCUAUUUUUAAGAUUACUUUUUAAGUACAAAAGUUUUCUGAAAAAUAAUAAAUUUUAUAAAGCUUAUUAUUAAAUUAAAUUCUAAAAGAAGGAAAAAUAAAAAUUACUUGAAAAUUAUAUUUAAGCUUAUAUAUAGGAAUUUUUAUGAUGUAAAGUUGUGUGAAGUUGCACUGUAAAAUGCAAUGCAUCUGUAAAAUUUCAAGUUUUAUUACAGUUAAAAUAGCUUGAAAUAAAUACUCUGUUAAGAUGUAUUUUUAUUAUUAUAAGAUUUUGUUUUGAAUAAUACGAAAUAUAUGUGUUUAGUGAUGUGAUAUGUCAGACUUUAUUUACCCAAGAAGAUUCCCUUUGGAAACAUUCAUUAGCCUACACCACUUGAUUUCAUGCCUUAUAUGUCGUCAUUGUAUGUAUUACCCAAAUUUGGCUUUAUAUUAAAUCCUGAAACAUUUCAUAAGAAGUAUACAAUAUCUUUGUUUCAUGUUCUCAAAGAGGUAUCAAUGAUAAUAUUACAUCUUCUCUUAUUUAAGGUGCUUUUUUAUGCAUAUUGCUCAAUUAUACCUAACAAUUUAAUUAAAGCUGAAUUUGCAGGUACUUAGGUUUGAAGUUUUAUUGUUUUUAUUGUUUUUGUAACAGCUUAGCUGCAUUUAAGAAUUCACAUAUUUAAUUAAGUUUUUAAUUGUAAUAAUCCUAAUUAAUAAUCUGUGAUUGGAUGAUCAAAUGUUAAUACAUUCAAUAUUUUCAAAAUAAUUUAUUCAUUUUUGUUGUGAUAAUUUUAAAUAUACUUUCAUUUAAAAUUGAAUUUUUUUUAAAAACUUCAAGAAAAAAUGUUAUAAAAUUGCAUUUUGUGUGUAGGGAUGUUUCAGCAUUAUUUAACAAAUAUAAAUUACCUUGCAAGUGAAUAAAUUGCAUUCCUAGCAAGAAACUGAAAUGAUAAAACUUCAAUUAUGGAAAAUAGUUGAGUGAAAGUUUUAUAUUUUUAAUAAUAUUUUUAUUGCUUUUGUUUACUAAAGGGCACUUAUAAAAAUUGCAUAAUAGUUUUUAAAACAGCAUUAAGAUUAUGAAUCACUAACUGAAGGAAUAGAUUAAAAACACUAUUAUAUUUUUUAUUUGCAAUACCGGUGAAUUAUAAUAUUAUGACUUUAAAAAUAUAGACUAUCAAGCGGAUAAAAUUAUCUGCAUUUAGCAUAUUUGUCUAUAUGCAGAAAUUCAGAGAUUUUUAAGAAGCAAGAGGUUUUAAUAUUCUUUAGUGGUAAAUUCUGGUAAGUAUAAAUUAUCACUAAAUUAAAUAAAAUUUAUACAUAAUAUGUAUUUGCAUAUGCGUGUGUGCAUUGUGUUGAAAACGUAUUUAAGCAGAAAAUAACCGUGCAAUUUGAAAGGGCAUUUUUGCAUACCUUCUGCUAUAUUUUCGAAAAUCUUAACUUUUUUUUAACUUGAAUAAUAUUUUUCAUUACUAAUAUGUAUAAAAGCCGCAAACAUUGUCAGAAAUCACUUUAAAUUAGCUAUGAAGUACUUUAUAAAUAACCAGGAAAAGAUUUUACUUCUCACAAUGCUAAUAUGUUGCAUAAUUAAGAGCUUGUGUGCUUCUGAUUAUAAUUUUCAAAAGAAGUAACUGAAACAAUUUGGCAAUUUUGAUUAAAUGCUAUGAUUUUUGUUUUUUGUUUCUUAAGUACCUAAUGAAAAAUAAAUUCAUUCCUCAUCCACAAAUACUCGGCCAAAAAUAUGUCUAUUUUAUCUAAUUUUCAAUAGGUAAUCUAAUUGGCGUAAUUUAGAAUACAAUAUGAUUCAGAUAAACUAAGCAUUUAAAAUUAUAGUUUACUCAUCUCUCAACGAGAUUAAAAAUUCGAAGAAAUUUAACUUUUAAUUUUCUUUAUAAUUAGAUAGUGUAGUUAAUUGCAACCCAAGAAGAAGAUUCCUUCUCUAAAAAUGAACAUAUGCAUAAAAUUUUCAAAAAAUCAUAAAAGUCUUUCAUAAAAAGUGUAUUAAUAUAAUGCGUUCAUUUAAAAAUCUCUGAAUUAUUAUGCCGAUCGCUAUUUGAGUUUCUGAAAGCCAGCAAAGAUUUCUUUUCUUGCUUAGUUUCGAACCCGGUGCAUUAGUGUCAUGAUGACUUGAACGCCCAUUUUAUCAACUAUCUAUAUUUAAAUUUUUAUCUACAUAUUGCUCAGAAAAAGGGCAGAGGCAUUUUAUGAACUCGGUAAGAGACGCAAAACAUGAAAGAAAAGCACUAAAUGUUCCUAUUAGUAUAUAUUGACUAAUUGUUUAAGUGUACAAAUAUUCGUUAUAUAUGUGUAUAAAUUGUAGUGUGUCCUAUUAUGACUUAUUGUUGAAGCAAUUAGUAAGUGUGAUAAAUGAAAAUUGCAGCUUAUGAAUUAGAUUUGUGUAUUAAAAUAAAUUAUUUAUAGAUUAUUGAA